AUGAAAGAGUGGCUCCUGGCACAUGUUCCUUUCCAGCUUCUCAACAGGAAAGAACCAGUACCAGCCAAAUACUUUGAAAUCUCGCUACAAGAUACCUCUAGUUAUACAUUUAUCCAGGUGACGCUGCAGGGAUAUUGUUAUGAUUUUGUAGGAUGAAGGUACCAUUGGCUGAUCUCUGUCCACCCAUCUUUUUGGCUUUGGAGCAGGGCCGUGCGGAGACCUUUGGAGGGGCAGGUGCCCAAAGUUAGCUCAAAGGGGCACAUGGAGCACAAAUAGGAGACUCCUUGCUGAGAGAGGCUGUAGCAACGGCUGACUGUUUGUACGAAACAGAACAAGUUGCUCAUUCAUGAACUGAAAGGAGAACAUUAAUGCGAGGAUGUAAUGAUAGAUAACGUAACAAAAUGACAACAUUGAAAUUUCACUUGUUAUUCUUUCUCUAACUGAAUAUCUCUGCAAUGGUGGUACAUGUGUUACUUUUACCUUUUGUAUACUUUGUCAUCAAGCUGGCAGGUUAUCCCCUGCCUUUUGCAGCCUCAUGCAGCUCCUUUGGUUUUGUUUCAUCCUCCUCUUCUUAGGAGGCAUCUCUGCAGAUCACUCAAAAAGAAAUACUUUCAUUGUGUGACAAUAAAAAAAACCCUAAUCGUACAUUCUUUAUUUGAUUUGUCAGAUCAUAUGGAUAGUAAAUAUUUUUAGUCAAAGACACAAUGGUGUUCCUAAAUAAUGACAUCCAUUAAGGUCUGCAAAACUUUGUCUCAGCCCUUUCCUACUGUAGCUUCAGCUACACACAUGGAAGCCCAUUUAGACCUAUCUCAUAAUUAUAAGAUAGUACAUCAUUAUUAUGAUUUAAAAUUGGAUAAUUCUGAGAUAUUAUCUCAUAAUUAUGAGAUAGUGUCUCAUUAUCAUGACUUAGUAUCUCAUUAUUUUGAGAUAAUAUCUCACAGUUAUGACUUAGUAUCUCAUUUUCAGUAUCAGAAAUGCUGUUUUUCUUUAUACAGAAAAAAAAACACUCUGACAUAAGGGUACUUUGGGCAUAAAGGGGCAGGUGCUUCCGCCCCCUUCACCCCCAACCCCACCCAUCUGUAUGUACCAGCUUAGGAGAAAACAUCAACUUUGAGUGAGGUUACUUUUUAGUCUGAGACAGUAAGUACAGUAAGCUGACAGUUUUCUUUUAUCUGCUCAACAUGUAUAAAGUUAUUUCCUCUCUGAGUGGCCGUGGUGCAGCUUUAACAGGACAGUUCUGCUGCUCCAAAUUUCACCUGGGAAGUGGUGAGUUACCAACAGUCUGUACAGGUGGAAUAUUUUGUCUAAUAUUCAUACUUGAUAUGAUUUGGGAGAAAUUUUCCUUUUGAAAAAUCUUAGCAUGUUGGUGGGAACUUAUGAGCUCAUGUGACUUUUGUCUAGAUCUAUUUUGCACAAAGAAUUAGAGGAUAGCCUGUAUUUGUACAGUAUGCAUGAAGCUGGAACCAUAAGAUCAAGCUUAGCUGUUUACUUACACUGCAAUAGAAAUGGGUGCAUCACAUUGUGGAGCAUAUUCAUGACAAAUCACUGUCUCAGGAAAAUGAUGCCGACUAACUGAAAAGAAACCAAAAUAUCAAAAUAAAUACUGUUGCCUUUUAUAUGUGCAGUCUACCUUAAAAAAUAAUAUUAGAUUUCUACAUUUGGAGAAAAUUUGAGGACAGUUGGAGGUGGUUCUGCUCACACCAUGUGACAAAGUUAUCCACCACAGUACUAUAUUCAGCCUCAUCACCCCUCCUGAUGCCUCUGAUGGUGGCAGGACUGUGUUGUAGUCGAAGUCUGUGGUGUAGAGGAUGGGAGACAGGACUGUUCCCUGAAGUACCCCGGUGUUGCUGAACACUCUGUCUGACACACAGUGUUGUAAGCAUAUAAACUGUGGAGAGGAGCUCCCACCUGCACCUGCAUUGCUGUCAGUUUCUCACCCAGAAAAGGUGUCUGACUGUCGGCCUCAGCUGUUCCAGGAUGAGUCUCUCCGGGGUUUUCAUGAUGUGAGACGUCAACGCCACUGGUCUAUAGUCCAUGGAGCCACUGGGAUGACGCAAGACGUCCUCCACAGCACAGGGACCCUUUAAAGACUCAGGUUUAUGGUGAAGACAGGGUGAAGUUCUCCACAGAGCUGGGAUCAUGGGCCUUUAGGACUCUGGGGCUGACACCAUCAGGAGGAAGGGGACUGUUAGGAGGGCAGUGGAAAGGCUGGUGGCUGCAGGCAGGCAGCAGAUACAGGAAAGGGAACAAAAGCAAUAUUAUUGACAUGCUGCCUCUAUUCCCAACCCCUGAGAUUAGAUUUACGACCAGUUUUCUUGCCACCCCUACAACAUCCAGGUGGAGAAAUUCCCCAAAUUUUUCUCAGGUCUAUGAGAUUUCAAGAUGAUAAUCUCAAACUCCUUCACCUCAGACUGCAGAUUUUUUUCUCUCCAAUACUGACCUUUUUUAUCUUAACUUUGCAAACUUUUAAAAAAGAAACAAUAUUUUUGAUUUUUUUUUAAUAGAAAUGAAAAAAAUGCUCAAAUUUAAAUUUAAAUGAGUUUGUUUACAUUUUGAUGAAAUACUCCGAAAUAUCAAGAAUGACAGGGGAACAUGUUUAUGCUUUGACUGUCACAGAUUAUCUAAGAUUUCAGCUCAAUUAAUGAGUAAACUACAGUAAAUUAUCUUUACACAUUAUGCUGUGUUUGCCAGUUCCUCCCCCUGUACUGUUGGUUCCCUUCAAUCAGUACUAUGAGAAAAACAGGAAGUUUAAUAUUUUUUGUCCAAUAUUACGCAGUGCAAAGUUAGAGUUUCAGUCAAAUAUUGACUGGAAAUGUCUGAAUACUGGAAAACAACAACAAUAAACAAGUACCAGAUUUCUGUGGAUAAGUAACCAAGAUCACAAAUCACUUCCUGUAUUUCCAAAUUUGUCCAAAAUAAAACUCUACCAACAAUCAUUAGCCAAGGGUCAAGUAUAAUAAAUAAAUAAAUAAAUAACUUCUACAUCAGAAGAUUGAUAAUAUUUGAAAUUUCAGGGAAAAUGUCACAACAGAUAUGAAAUUGUACGGCUUUCAUACGCAGCUCAUGGAGUUUCUAAAAAUAAAUCUUUACGUUUUAAAUUACUCAACAGGUGCAGUAUGUCAGAAACCAGCCUUCAAGAGCCGCCCUGAAGACCUCCCAGAGAUGCCCCCAUGCAGUUUCAAACCACGGGCAUACAAGGUGAGGAUGACCUGGUAUCAGGACAGUGUGUCACUUUCUGUGAUAUUGCUCUUUUGUAACUCUGGUAGAAACAUUUGAUUACCAUCUCAAAUGUCAUUGUUUCAUAUAAAGCUAAUCGAUUAUUUAACUUUUAUUUGCCUUACAUCAACAUCAACAAACUGCAGUAUAUUGAUUGUACUUAAAGGUACUCUGCGGAGGAUUUGACCCCCAGUCGAGUCAUGUGUCAUACCAAGUAUUUGGCAACAGAGGUGCCGGCUGAAUCUUGAUUUCCUCCCUUAAACCCUGAGCUCUGACUGACAGGUGUACUUCAGCAAUAUUUCUUAAGUUAAAUUUCUUUAUCAACUUUGUGAAUAUGGACGUCAAGACAGGGCCAUAAUGGGGAAAAGGGGGUAUCUUUGUGUUGAUUUAAUACUAUUUUGAUACUUUCGCUCUGUUGUCAAUCAGAUUGAGACUCAUUUGUACCACAAAUGGGCCUACAAAGAUACACACUGCUUUACUCAGCUCCUACUAAUACACUUAUUCCCUCCUCACGUCAGUUUUGUUGCUCUUCCUGCUAAAUUUCCAAAAUUGAAUUUAGGCAUACCAGAGAGUUUGACCUGCCAUUGACACUGCAAGUGGACCCUCUUGGGGACCUUAUGUGUCGGCAUAUCUUUACUCGAUAGUUCAUCUUGUUUAUAUUUGUGGCUUUCCAGGGUCCGCCCAAAGAGCGCUUGAUGGAGAUUCGCCGGCAGAAUUGUAACCCUGUGACCAUGAAAAUAACCUACUACAAGAAACCGCUGUUUGCCCAUCAGGGAUUCAUGCAGUGGAUCUGGGACGUGGAUGGGAGGCGAUACCUGGAUUUAUUUGCUGGUGUAGCUACCGUCAGUGUGGGCCACUGCAACCCGUAAAUGCCUCUUUUAAAUGUCAUGUAUUAAUAUAGCUUCAGGUCACACAUUUGUUGCUUUAACACAAACUUCUGUGGAUACAGGAAAGUGACAGCAGCUACAGCAGAGCAGUUGAAGACACUGUGGCACACUACAAACAUAUACGUCCAUCCAACACUUCAUGAGUACUGUGAGAAACUAACCUCCCUCUUACCAGAUCCUCUGAAGGUACUGGAUUAAAAUUCAUGAGCUGGUGUGAGAAGACUGGAUGAUUACGUUUAUUCAACUUGAAUGUUUGCUGGUUCAUGUUUCCCUGUUCAGGUUGUAUAUCUUACCAACAGCGGCUCUGAGGCCAAUGACCUGGCUAUGUUGAUGGCUCGACUUCACACGGGCAACUUCGACAUCAUCACUUUCAGGUAGAUUAAGGCAUGCAGAGACAGUCGCUUCUUUUAAGUCCAAUUUAAAAACUCACUUUUACAGACCUGCUUUUACGUGAUGCCGUCUUUUAUCUUUUAUCUCCAUCUAUUAUCUGUCAUCUCUUAUCUUUUUUACCUCUAUCUUAUUUCGGCUUUACUGUAUUUUUAGCUCUUGUUAUACUUGUACUCUUUUCCUAAUUAACCUUUUAGGCCUUUUAUUGUUUUAUCUCUUGCUCAUUUCUAUUGCUCUAUUUUAUCAUUACUUUUAUUAUCAGGAUUACAUUAUUAUUUUUAUUAUCAUUGUUGAUGUUGCCUUUUAUAUUUACUAUCCUGUUUCUGCUUUUGUUCCCUCUUUUAAUUGCAUUUUCCCUCUUAACUAUUUUAUGUUUUUAUGUUGGUCCUCAUGCUUUAAUUUCAUGUUGCAUGGUUCCUGUUGAAAAUGAAAAUGGCCUUCAGUUCCGUUUUUACUGAGCCUUUUGUUUUUAUUUGUCUUUUCCAUGUGCUCUACGACUACAUGUCAAAGCACUUUGUAAACAUCUGUUUUUUUAAAGUGAUAUACAAAUAAAGUUGUUAUUAUUAUUAUUAUUAUUACUUACUAACUUUAUGUGCUUCACCGUUAAAUCAUGGUUUUGCUUAAUGUAAAGCUGUUUUAUUGAAAAAAUAAAAAAGUUCCCUAAAGUUGGAUUUUUUUCUCCAGAGGGUCGUACCAUGGUGGCACCCAACAGACUAUGGGUCUAACCUCCAACUCACCGUACAAAUACCCCGCUGCCACUAGUUCAGGCUGCACAAAUGUAUGUAUCAAUGUGGAAAAUGCAAGUCAGUGUGAUACAAAGUACACUACGCUUAUGUUUUUUUGCUGGAUUACUUAUAAGUGACUGACUAAGUUUAUGUCUGCCAAACAGACCAUGUGUCCUGAUGUGUUCAGAGGUCCAUGGGGGGGAAGCCACUGCAGAGACUCCCCUGUGCAAACCAUCAGGGACUGUAGCUGUGCACAAGGUACACAAACACAUGCACAUACGGCUCGCUACAGCGAGGUUGUUUGUCUUGCAUGAAUGGGAAUAAAACACAGUGUAAUCAAAGCAUCUGUUAGCUAUAAUAAAACUUAAUAUUGAGCAAACCAUAGCCUGUAAAACCUGACGAGUGUGACAGUAGCCAGAGUCAGAAGAAACGAGUGAUUACUAAAAGUCAAUUCAGAUAAACUGUGAUUAUUUGAUUCUUACUUAAUUGAUCUUGUUACGGUACAGUCAAUUGUUUGUAUUGAUGUGUAUAUUUUAUUUAGAAAAUAGGACAGAGGACAGAGCAGGAAAUUGGGAAAGAGAGAGAGGGAUGAUGCAGGAAAGAAGCCACAGGCCAGAAUUGAACCUGAGCUGUCUGCAUGAUGCAUAAUCUCUGCAUUUGGGGCACACACUAACACCGCUAGACUCAGAAAAGAAAAUCAAAAUUCAUUGUAUAAUUUCAGAAUUCAAAUUUAAAAAUCAAUGUUAAUCAUAUUUUUCUAAUUAGAGACAUCUGAAAAAUGCAGUAAUGUGUUCGUGUGAUUAUUAUUACUGUCGAAAUACUUUUCUUCAUUUGUGCAGGUCAGUGCAUGGCAAAUGAAAAAUACAUUGGACAGCUCAAAGAAACAUUUGCUACAAGUGUCCCGAGUCGAAUUGCUGCUUUCUUUGGAGAACCCAUUCAGGUAUUUAACCCUGUCCAGAACUUGUAGGAAAUGACAGUUUUUCAUGAUUAUAAUGUCAUGUUUUUUGAGUUCAUUCUUAUUCAAUGGCUUGUGUCGGUUCGACAGGACUUUGAGAUUUGAUUGUGUUUCGCUCAAACAGGGAAUGGGCGGAGCUGUGCAGUAUCCUAAGAACUACUUUAAGGAGGCUUACAAACUUGUGAGAGAGAGGGGAGGGGUCUGCGUCGCUGAUGAGGUUUGAUUCAUAUAACAAAUGAAACAAAAAACAAAUAUGUUCCCAUCAGAUUUAGGAAGUACCAGCCUCAAACAUCUUGGAAUUAGAAUUUUUAAAAAGUAAACAAAUGAACUUGUUUGAAAUGGGACAGGUUCAAACUGGAUUUGGGCGAACAGGAACUCACUUCUGGGGUUUCCAAGGUCAUGAGGUCCUUCCUGAUAUCGUUACCAUGGCAAAGGGUAUUGGUAACGGAUUCCCAAUUGGGGCUGUUGUCACAACACCAGGUGACCUUACUGUUCUAAAAACAUUUGUUAAGUCUACUUUAUCCAGACUUAUAUUUUUCUCUUGUGUCAAAGUGUUAUCUUAUUCUUGAUCAUUUUAAUUGACUCCACACAUCAGGACUGAUUGGAUAAAGUCCACAUAAAUCAUCAUUUCAGCUUUGUUUACAUCUGAAUGAAGUUACUUUCUCGAAACAAGGACACUUAAAAUAUAUUUUGAUCAUAUUUUUUUAGAAAUCGCUGCUGCUUUUGCCAAGGCCUAUCACUUCAACACCUUUGGAGGAAGUCCUUUAGCUUGUGCUGUUGCUUCAUCAGUGCUCGAUGUAAGAAUUCAUCUCUUCUAUUUUAAUCUUAUUGAUUGGCACAAAAAGUUUAAUUUGAUCAAAACUUAUUUUUCGAGUAUCACUCUACUUAAACUCAAGCUAAUAUGCAGCUUACAGUUUCAAGUCAAGCUGAAGUUAAGGUGUAUACUUCUGUCAGGCGCAUGAUAUCAACACUUGAGGACAAACACGCUUAUAUAACACCUGUUGAGUGACUAAUUUGUACUCAACAGACUAUCAAAGAAGAUGGUAUACAGCAGAACUGUCUCACCGUGGGGACCUAUCUGAUGACUGAAAUGGCCAAACUCAGAGACAAGUACGAGAUUAUUGGUGAUGUCCGUGGAAAAGGCCUGCAGAUCGGUGUGGAAAUGGUCACAGACAAGGUCAGGCAUUAUAGCUUACUGCUGUCUGUCUGGGUAGCUGUAGCUGAUACUGAAGAAAACAAUCUAUCCUUUAUAAGACAAUGCGCAGCGUGGAAAUUUUUCUUAAAUAUUAUGAUUAUUAUCAUUUUUUUGUUAGUGUGUGGGCAAGUAAAGGUAAACACCCUGCAGUGUCCUAAUGUGUGGCUUUGGGUGUCAUUUAAAGCAUAUCUUGUCUUGUUACUUGAACAAAAGUAGAUGGAUGGUAUUCAUUCAUCUGUUGGUUUUCUCUCUGUUCGAUGCACAGGCUAGCAGAGACCCUCUGCCUCCUGAGGCCAUGGGUGAGAUCUUUGAGGACGUCAAGGACAUGGGAGUCCUGAUAGGAAAAGGAGGGCUCUAUGGACAGGUAAAACAGCACUCACACAACUGUAACGUGUCCCUGUGUAUAUUUAUAAAGAGUGAUCAGCAAUUGGCUGAAACACUUAAACAGUUUUAUAGAAAGUCCAAAUAAUUCAGGGAUUGUUUUGAAAUCUAUACAGCUUACAGGGUGAACAAAAGAUAUUUCUCCAUCUAUAGUUUUACUGCAAUAUGAUCUGUAUCAUAAUAUCUUUGUUUGGUACAAAACAUUUUGAAGAAUUCAUUUGUAUUAGAUAAAAAAAAAAAAACAUGAUAUUGUUUUUCCAAAUCCAAACCAAGGCUUUGAGGAAUGUGGUUCAAGAAUGUAUGAAAAAGGAUUCAAAGCUCACAUGUCUGAGACUGAACUUCCGGCUUGUUCUGAAUGAACUUUUUCAGUUUGAAUACUUUCACCUUCAGCUGAGAAGUUCCUCAGUCUGCACACGAGAUGGAGAAAACUGAAGUGUUGUUUUUUUAAUUUUCUUUGUUUAAACCUAAACAGUAUCAUGACCCUCUGCUUCCUUUUGUUUUUUCAUCAUCGCAGGCCUUCCGCAUCCAGCCCCCCAUGUGCAUCACAAAGCAGGACGUGGAUUUCUUCCUUGCGGUUUUUAACAAGGCCAUCCAGAACUACCUGAACAGACACUAAUUGGGUGACACGAUAC